AUGUCACGUAAACCGAUAUUUACGCCGAUAUUGGCCUCAUCCAAGGUUCCUAUACUGGUACUUAUUACUGGAUAUUGCCAUAAGAAGUUUCCGAGUCGAAGCAUUCCUCCUAUUUUGUCCACCUUAGUUGAACUUAUAGAAGGAGGUAAGGAGGCCAAUAGCACCACCGAUGAGGACAUCGUGUCGGUGUUUUUUCCCUCGUUGAACAAGAUUCUCGAUAAGAUUGAGAGGGCAAUCGUUGAGUUUGUGUCUAGUGACGAGAGUCGUGAGCAGAAUGAGGCACAUAAAGAUACUCUUCAAGUACAGAACUAUGUGCUUAGAAAAUUAUGGAGUAUCGAAGACAUCGAUAGCUUCUACUCGUUUCUCAAGGAGAGUCAGAAUCUUCUUGUCGGCAAAGUCCCCAAGAAGAGCAGUACGAAGCGUUUAUAUUCGUCGAGCUUUCUUGGCAAGUUUGUCUCCAACAUCUCAGUGGCAGCCAAUAUUCUUGGUUUUGAAGAGACGAUCAAGCUUUGGACGGCUUUUUGUGAUUAUAGACAAGAGAGCUACGAAAGAUGGACCAUUCAGGCUCGGUGUGAACAUAUCCACUUUAAAAGCAAACAAAGUGAACAUGAUUUGCUUGUUGAAGAACAGAUUACCGAGAAUCUCGAUAUUCCAGCAGCAGAUCCUGCUCCCGGUGGUGUUGAAGUGUAUUCCCAGGUUGAUUUGGCUCAAUUGCUUGAAUUUCAGGUACACAAGUUGCAGAUAUAUGCAGGCAAGGUGCCAAAUUCGCUCAAAAUGAUCCUCUUGUCCAUGUCGGAGUCUCAAAGGAGUAUAGUUCCAUCUUCAUACUACAUAGAUUAUCUUGAGUACUGGAAAAGUGGCGAUUACGAGGGUUCCUUCAAUGCCCUACAUCGCUAUUUUGAUUAUAUGAUGUCCAAUAAGCAGCAACUUUUCUACCACUAUGCUCUUCUUUCGCUUGCAACUUUGCAUGCCUCAUUUGGUUCCGAUGAUGAGGCAUUGAGGGCCAUUGACGAGGCUAUAUUGGUGGCUCGGGAAAACAAAGAUUUGGACUGCUUGAACUAUCUUUUGACGUGGCUUUUUGACUUCUUAAAGAGUCGUCCGGAACUUUCAAACAAGCUCACUAGCCAACCUGGAAGAGAGCAGAUUCUUCAAUUUUUGAAGUUGAAGACAAAGGAGAAUAAAAAUCAGGUUCUCCAGUCCAUGGCAUAUCAAUACGAAGCAAUUAAACAGAUGUUAGAAGGAUUUCCUCUAAGGAAAGUUCUCAACAAUCUUACGAGAGCCUUCUAUAUUCUAUUGAACUUGGAUUCUAGUCUCAACACAAAGCUUUCAUUUGCUAGGGCAUGCCAAUUGGCUGUUACUGCAUGGAGCCGAGUUGGUAUUCCUUCUAUGACCCGUCUAUACAUUAAUGCUGCUUUAGAGUCUGCCGGUUCAGAUAUAAGCAUUUUUGAUGAGGUCGAAUUGUCUCUACGAAGAGCCAAUCUUAUGUAUCAAUCAGGAGAAACAGAGGCUGCCUUCAAAUUACUUGAAUCCUACGAACCUCAAGUUUCGGGCGAGGCUGCUCUUAUGAAGUCCUGGCAAACAAGAUAUAUGAUUCUGAAGGUUGAUUAUUGGCUGAAAAAAUGUAGAUACAAUCAGGCAUCGAUUCUAUUGGAUAAGUUGAGGUGUCAGACAUGCGAAAUCCAGGAGCACGAAUUGAAAUGCGAGGUUAACUAUCAAUUGGCUUGUUUCCAGGAAAAGGUUGGUAAUGCCACUGAAGCUAUUCAAAUCAUCUCGAGGGAACUUUCACAUUUGAAAGAGCAUGAAUACUCCUAUAACAAUUUUUGGGCCAUUCAGUUUCAGAUAUUGUAUGCACAGGUUGUUAAAGAGCAUUCUUCUUCUCCUGAAAGAGCUUUGUCUGUUCUACUUAGUUCCUUAAAAACGGCACACAAGUCGUCUCUUUUAGUUCUCAUAGUAAGGGCAACGUUGCUCUUAUGUGAGCUAUUGCUCAAGAUAGAUCCAAUCAACUCCGCGGGUGAUGUUAACGAGAUCCUAAGGAAUGGUAUGCCUAAUAUACUUAUGAUAGAUAACUUGUGGUUGUCUUCCCAGGCCUACUAUCUUCUUGCGAAAGUGGCCACGAUGGUUCCAGUUGAUAAUCACCAAGCAGAUCAGCAGCAGAUGAGAGCUACGCUUGAUCAAACCAUGUCGUACUUGCAGAUUUCUCUUGAGGGCUUCAGUAAAUUGCACGACUUUAAAUGGAUUAAGAAGACUUUACAGAUUCAACAGUCUCUCUCUGAACUAAUGCGCGAUUCAGAGCUCUCUCAUAGCUGCCAGAUGGCCAUGAGCAAAUUGGACCAGCAGAUACAAAUGGAAAUGGCUUAUGAUUCUUGCUAA